GCUCGGCAGGCGCCAAUGGGGGCGCCCCGCCCCCGUGCGGAGGCUUUCCGGGGAGUGGCUGUCAGCCCCGGCCCUCCUCCUUCCCCUCCCCGCCUUCCGGGUCUCUGCGCGGCUGACUACCCAGCGGCCGCGGUCCCGCGAGCUGGAGUGGGGAGUGCGCCGGACAUGGCAGGCGGCGGAAAGGGCGCCCGACCCGCGGGCCCGGCUGGGGGUGGGCUCGCCCUGCGUCCCCUCGAGCUUUGCCCGCCCGCCCAGAGCCCCGGAGCAGCGGAACGUAGGGCGCGCAGCCGUGGCUACUGUGUAGCAGGUUCCGGGCCGGGCCGGCCUGAGGCGGCCAGAGCCCAUCCAGAACCGACCCUGGACCCGGGGAGUUUGUCUCCAACAUCUGUGGGGGUGCAGCGGCGGAGUUCCACGCACAGCCCAGUGGUCCAAGAAUUUCAGUUCUUGUUUGCCUUUGAAGAUCCAUCCAACUCCUCUACUCAGCUGACAUGGGCAGUGCUGGCCCCAAGGUUUCUGAGACAGACCCAACCUGUUUGGACAGGUGCUGACCAAGGAUUUGGACUCCUUCCAGCUGCCAAGUUGGCUGCAAGCUUUCCAGUCUCAGAUGGUGAUGGAAAUGGAAUCCAAGAUGGAAGCAGACAUUUUCCGAGGCCGACCAGUGACGGGGACCCAGGUGCUCCCUACUCUGUGCCCCCUCUCAGCAUGAAGCAGCCAGAGCAGUCGUCCCUUUCUCCGUCUGUACAGUGGGGGAGUGAGACAGGGACUGUGGCUAUAGUCAGAGUAGGGUGAGAAUCUCGGGGAGAAGCAAAACAGGAUAAUUAUGGGCAGAAUAAUGUGCAAGGAAACUCUUACCCAAACUCCAUGUUAAACAUUAAGCAAAGUUGGAGCCACACAGAUUUUUUUAGGAUAAAAAUGCCAAAGUAGGAAAAUAGGCACUCUUCAGUGGGAUUGGUCAUAAACAAAAGCCAGCAUUUGUGCAGGAACCAGUGAAGAACCUGCAAUUCAGUUUAAGCAUGUAGGCAACAACCAGUAAGAGACAACUUAGUUUAAUCUAAGAUACAAAACCCCUAGACAGCCCAGCCAUGGGCACUCUUGGCCCCCUCCUGGAGUGUACCAGGAGGUCUGUGCUUUAGCUUUCUCUCUGAAUAAAAGUCUCUUCCCUGCUUGUCUACCCUGAGUGUUCGUGAAGUUCAUUCAUUAACUCUAGGAACGAGAACCCCAGUAUCAAUACUUUCUGGCAUGCUUUUUUUUUUCUAACUUGAAAUGUAGCUGAUACACAAUCUUACAUUGGUUUCAAGUAUAUGACACUGUUUCAACAGUUACCCACAUUAUUGACUCCUCAUCCCCACUAUGCAAUUAGUAUCUGUCAUCAUAGGAAGAUGUUACAGAGUCACUGACCUUGUUUUCCACACUGUACCACCAUCCCCUUGACCAAUUACAAUUGAGACUUUUGGGCCUCCUUAUCAGCCCCCUCACCUACCCUAACCCCUCGCCCAUGGUAACAACCAGGGCCUGUUAGUGUCUCUGACGCAGCGUUCAUUAUACCAUCAUAAUAAAUUUACAUUGUGGUUUUACUGUUCCCCCCCAGCUUCACUUGGGUACUUUAGGGUGAGCACCUGUGCACUAGGGAAAACGUUAUAUAACCUGAAACUCAACAAGUCAAUUAAAUGACCUAAGACACAGGAAAGGACUUUGUACUACUUUCAAGGAAAUAAAAUCCAUCCUUACCCCUAAUAGCAGGGUUUCCAGACAGCCUACUCUGCCCUUGAGAGUGUAUUUUCACUUUGCUUAAUAAACUCCUGCUACUUAAAA